AUGCGUUGCAACAAAACCCGCUUCGGUGUCACGAGCACGCGACCGAGUCCUUGGGCGUGGCACGGCACGACGACCAAACGAUGCGGAAAUAGCCACUUGAACGGCCUGGAAGCCACAUCCCGCUGA